AUGGCAACGUCGAAUCCAAGAACAUGGAUCAAAGGGCCUGCGCCUUGCGGCAAAGUGGAAAGCCUGUGUCCAAUGUUGGAUGCAAACUGCGAAUUUGCUCUUCUAUUUCCACCUGCGGUGGGCAACAGACGCUUGGAGAUCUGUCAGCAGAGCAUCCUUGUAUGCCGCACUCCUGAGGAGAUAGAGCUCAUGCAUCUUGCUCUUCCCCUCUUCUCCUGCAGAGCGGAGUUCGAAAGUGGGCUGCCUGGCAGCGAAGCGUCCCACAAGAUCUUCACUGCCAGUGUUGGCAACUAUGGAUCGCUUGAACCUGCCACGCUUGGACUCUUCCCUGAGGAACUGGACGAAGGGAGAAGAGGUGGCACCAAGGCCUUGGCCAGCGACAAGCAAAUCUCCAGGCGCAAGGGCAAGCUGGAUGUAUUCCAGGAAGUGAGCAACAGAGUUGGAAAGACCUAUAUGCUGCUGAAGCGCAAGACACAAGGAGCAGCAGCUUUCGCCUUCGCUCUGGAAGCAGCUCGCCUUCAGGCCAGUGUCGCCAUCUGCGUCCUUCAAGUGCCGAAUGAGAUGUGGAAGGACUUGGGCUCCAACAAUGGCUGCACCGGAGCGUGCAGAUCAGUGGUGAAA